AAAAUUACUAUGAAACCUUUACUGCACUCUGCAUAUCAAAGAGACUGAUCUGACUAUUCAAUGAAUCCGAUUGCGCAUAUGCGUAUUUUGUACAAGUGAAACGCGGACGGUGGAGUGGUAGUGUUUCAACUCUACGAGGCCUCACGAGUCACGGCAUGCCAGUCAACAGCGGAAGUGGUCCUAUCAGAUCAGAAUCAGUGAACUCAGCGAAAAACUCACUCGCAAUGUCUCACUCACCGGGACCUGUAUCGUCCUUAUAUUUUAGCUGUAUUUUCACAAUUAUCUCUCACUGUUAAGUAUCACCGAUUAAAUACGCGCAAGAGCAGCCAAAAUUACUUGAAUAAAAAGCGCGUUGGUUCAUUUCCUUCUCUGUUUGACCAAUCCAUAAACACUUUGCUAACCCAAAACCCUCUCACGGUCUCACCUAAUUCGGUAGUCAUCGCUUGCUUCGUUAGCGAUUUACCCGUUUGAUGGCUUUUGGUUGAUGAUUAUGUUCUCGAACUUGUUUGUUUUGGGUGUUUGAUUGAUGGGAUUAUUGGCUUGAGAGAUUCGUGAUUUUCUUGGAUUUUUUUUGUUGAAGAUGGAAAGUGCGGGUUUGGGUCAGCUCACGGGCUCGGAGAUUCAUGGGUUUCAUACGAUGAAAGAGAGAGAGAGAAUGUGCAUAAAUCAUAAUGGUUGCAAGCAUUGGUGUGGCUAUAGUAAAAGUUGCCCAAGAAUAAGCAGAAUGCCUAGGGCUCGGUUGGAGUUGAAAAUAAAGAAGACUGUUUUGACCCAAUAAGGGAGCAUACUGAUUUGGAUUUUGAAAACAUAAUGAAGGAAGCUGGAAUGAGAUGGCUCCGCCCAAAUGAGAUUCAUGCGAUACUUUGUAAUUACAAGUAUUUCAGUGUUAAUGUGAAGCCAGUACACUUGCCCAAAAGUGGCACUAUUGUAUUGUUCGAUCGUAGAAUGCUUAGGAAUUUUCGCAAAGACGGUCACAACUGGAAAAAGAAAACCGAUGGAAAGACUGUUAAGGAAGCGCAUGAACACUUGAAGGUUGGUAAUGAAGAAAGGAUUCAUGUAUACUAUGCACGUGGUGAAGAUAACCCAAACUUUGCUCGCAGAUGUUAUUGGCUGCUUGACAAGUCUCUAGAGCACAUAGUCCUCGUGCACUAUCGUGACCAGGAGUUGCUUGGCUCUCCAGUCACACCUGUCAACUCAAAUUCAGCUCCUGUCUCUGACAACUCAGCUCCUUCGCUGUUAUCGGAAUUUGAUUCUGGAGCUGGUCAUGCAUAUAAACAAUUAGAGCCUCGUGAUAGUUUAACUGUCAGAAGUUACGAAAUGAGGCUUCAUGAGCUCAACACACUUGAAUGGGAUGAGCUAGUUGCAAAUGACGCUAACAAUCUCACAGCAUCUAAUGGAGGAAAUGUUCUAUAUUUAGACAAGCAGAAUCAAACUACAUUUUGUGGGUCCAUGAAUGAUGGUAGCCGAGUUCCAGCCUACAAUUUAUCAACUGAAGUUUCCUUACCGGGUAAUUUAGCUCAGCCAGUAGCUACCAGUGAAAGAAAUCAAUUCAAUGUUCUGGAUAGUAUUAACGGUCAGACAAUGUGGCGUCAAGUUAACUCCAAUGUGCAGAGAAGGCAUUCUAGAGCUGUGGAAGCUUGUGAUUCUGUGGACAUUUUGGUCAAUGAUGGUUUGCAAAGUCAGGACAGUUUUGGUAGGUGGAUGAACGACAUUAUAAGUGACUCUCCAGGUUCAGUAGAAGAUCCUGUGCUUGAAUCUUCAUUUUCAUCUGGUCAUGAUUCAUUCAGUCCUCAUCAACAUCACUGUUCUGAGACAGAGCAAAUAUUUACCAUAACGGAUAUCUCACCUGCAUGGGCAUUUUCAACUGAAAAUACCAAGAUCCUUGUCGCUGGAGUUUUUGAGGAGCAGUACCUACACCUGGUGAAGUCCAAAUUAUUUUGUGUCUGCGAUGGAGUUUGUAUUCCUGCAGAAAUUGUUCAGAUAGGGGUUUAUCGUUGUUUUCUGCCUUCUCAUUCCCCUAGUUUAGUAAAUCUCUCUAUGAGUCUUGAUGGCCAAAAACCCAUUAGCCAAAUUGUGAAUUUUGAUUAUCGUGCUCCUUCAUUGCCUAAUCCAAUAGUAUCAUCAGAGGAGAAGACCGAGUGGGAAGAGUUCCAGGUUCUGAUGAGACUUGCUUAUUUGCUUUUCUCCACAUCUAAGAGUCUUAACAUCUUAAAUAAUAAAGUGCCACCAAAUGCCCUGAAAGAGGCUAAAAAGUUUUCCAGCAAAACCUCUUCUAUUGCCAAUAGUUGGGCAUAUAUGAUCAAGUCAAUUGAAGACAACAAAGUUUCACAUUCACAAGCAAAAGAUGUUCUGUUAGAAGUUACAGUGAAGAAUAAACUAAAAGAAUGGUUGUUGGAAAGAAUAGUUGAAGGCUCUAGAACACCUGAAUAUGAUGCUCUAGGCCAAGGAGUAAUACAUUUGUGUACCAUACUUGGAUAUACAUGGGCUGUAUAUCUAUUUUCUUCGUCGGGCUUAUCCCUGGAUUUCCGUGAUAAAUAUGGGUGGACAGCUCUUCAUUGGGCAGCGUAUUACGGAAGGGAGAAAAUGGUUGCAAUCCUUUUAUCAGCUGGGGCAAAGCCAAACUUGGUCACAGACCCCACUCCUGAUAACCCUGGUGGAUGCACUGCUGCUGAUCUUGCAUCUAUACAGGGCCAUGAUGGCUUGGCGGCAUAUCUUUCAGAAAAGGCACUUGUUGAACAUUUCAAGGAUAUGUCUAUAGCCGGAAAUGCUAGUGGCACAUUAGAAACUAGCACAAGUGAUGUAGUAAACUCUGAAAAUCUCAGCGAGGAGGAGCUAUAUCUGAAGGAUACUCUGGCAGCAUACCGUACAGCUGCUGAUGCGGCAGGACGAAUACAGAGUGCAUUCAGGGAGCACUCGUUUAAAGCAAGGACCAAAGCAGUUAAAGUUUCUAAUCCUGAGGAGGAAGCAAGGAUUAUAAUUGCAGCGAUGAAGAUCCAGCAUGCCUUCCGCAACUUUGAGACACGAAAAAAGAUGGGUGCUGCUGUUCGCAUCCAGCAUAGAUUUCGUACUUGGAAAAUUCGUAGAGAAUUUCUGAAUAUGCGUCGUCAGGCAAUCAGAAUUCAGGCUGCUUUUCGGGGACUACAAGUAAGGAGACAGUAUCGUAAGAUUACGUGGUCAGUUGGAGUGCUUGAGAAAGCAAUUCUGCGCUGGCGUCUAAAGAGAAAAGGUUUACGGGGACUUCAGAUUGAGACAAUUAUAGACCAGACUAAUGAAAGUGACCCAGAAGAAGACUUCUACAGAGCCGGCCGCAAACAAGCUGAAGACCGUGUUGAGAGGUCUGUGGUUUUUGUGCAGGCCAUGUUCCGCUCGAGGAAAGCUCAACAGGAGUAUCGAAGAAUGAAGUUGGCCCAUAGUGAAGCGGAGCUUGAAUUUGAGGGGCUUCUCAAUGAUGAUACUGGUAUGUACAGUUGACUUCGAUGUGGUUGAGACAGCCAAGGCUAUUCGAAAUGGUGUUUGUGUGAUGAUAAUGAGUUAAUGACUGACCCAGACUUCGUAUUUACCUGUAACUAUAAAUGCCAGAAUAUAAUUUAAGUAGAUGAGCAGUCCUGGCCCUCUCAAACCUUUUAAAGACUGAAAUGUCAAUUUGAUGUCAAAGCAAAUUUAGGUUUGUUCAGGUUCGGAACCUCCAUGAAUCUGAAGGUAAGUGUGUGUUGGGAAACAGUUGAAGGCAUAACUGGAAUCUUCUAUCAAUGUUGUGAGUUUUCUUUACCUGAUUUUCUUGAAAUUUAAAUUUUCU